GGGAAGUAGUGUAUUGUGUCCGUUGUUUCCGUGUGCCCGUGUGUGAGUGUGUGUGUUUAUUAACACGAUGGCGUACGCAGGACUGGUGCUGGCGGUGCUGACCAUCAUACUGUCGGUCGUGUGCUACUUCAAGAUCCUGUACGAGUGGCACCGGAAGGUGCGCAUCCAAACGUUCCGUCCGGCAACGGGCUCUGGUCGGGCACUCCAGAAGCACCUAGCGCCAGUGGCCGCACCGAAGCCCACGCCUAUGCUAGCGCCUGCCGUGCAAUCAACCGAGCUGCUGAGCUACCCACAGGCCCCCGGUCCGAUGCCGUGGCCGAUUCUCGGCAGCCUCGCCAUCCUCGGCCAGUACGAGGUCCCGUUCGAGGGCUUCACUGCGCUAGCCAAGAAGUAUGGCGAUCUGUAUAGCAUCACACUUGGCACCACGCGCUGCCUCGUCGUCAACAACCUGGAUCUGAUCCGGGAGGUGUUGAACCAGAACGGGCGUUACUUUGGUGGCCGCCCGGACUUCCUGCGCUUCCACAAGCUCUUCGGCGGUGAUCGCAACAACUCGCUGGCACUGUGCGACUGGUCGGCCCUGCAGCAGAAGCGCCGCAAUCUGGCCCGCAAGCACUGCUCUCCGAGCGACGCAUCAAGCUACUACCAGAAGAUGAGUGACGUGGGCGUGAUGGAGAUGCACCGCUUCAUGGACCAGCUGGACGAAGUGGUGAUGCCUGGUGCCGACUUCAAGGUGAAGCCGCUGAUCAUGCAAGCCUGUGCGAACAUGUUCAGCGAGUACAUGUGCUCUGUCCGGUUUGACUACACCGACCGGGGCUUCAUCGCGAUGGUGCGCAACUUCGACGAGAUCUUCUGGGAGAUCAAUCAGGGCUAUGCGGUCGACUUCCUGCCGUGGCUCGCCCCGUUCUACCACAAGCACCUGAACAAGCUGGGCCGCUGGUCGGCCGAGAUCCGGAACUUCAUCCUCGAGCGGAUCGUCAACGAGCGCGAGCAGACACUGGGUGAUGAGGAGCCGGAGCGUGACUUUACCGAUGCACUGCUGACGAGUCUGCGCGAGGAUCCGUCGGUGACGCGCGACACCAUCAUGUACAUGCUGGAGGACUUUCUCGGUGGGCACUCGGCGAUCGGGAACCUGGUGAUGUUGGCCCUUGGUUACAUCGCCAAGCACCCGGAGGUUGGCGAGCGGAUCCAGUCGGAAAUUGAUCGCAUUACCGACUGUGACACCCGGAACGUGACGCUCUACGAUACCGAGAGCAUGCCGUACACGGUGGCGACCAUCUUCGAGGUGUUGCGCUACUCGUCGUCCCCGAUCGUGCCGCACGUCGCCACCGAGGACACGUGCAUCGCUGGCUACGGUGUCACCAAGGGGACUGUCGUCUUCAUCAACAACUACGAGCUGAACACGAGCGAAAAGUACUGGGCCGAGCCGAAGCGAUUCGAUCCGGCCCGGUUCAUCGAGACGGCAACCCUCGCCCAGAUCCGGACCGAUCUCGGUGACUCGCCGACCGCCAAGCAGGACCUGAACAGCAUAAUCAAGACAAAUGGCGUCAGCAGCGAGAACGAGCGGACGAUCCGGAUCAAGCGGGUGCGCAAGAACAUUCCGCACUUUCUGCCCUUCAGCAUCGGCAAGCGGACCUGCAUCGGCCAGAACCUGGUGCGCGGUUUCAGCUUCAUCAUCAUUGCCAACAUACUGCAAAAGUACGACGUGCGCACGAACGAUCUUGAUCAGAUCAAGAUGUACCCGGCUUGUGUUGCCGUGCCGCCCGACACCUACUCGCUCGCCUUUAGCCAGCGCCAGCGUCAAUGUUGACGCUCACCUGCGUCAGCGUCAGAGCGCCACAUUGUACAUAGUUGAAUAGUCCUUCUCCAUUAUGAUCAUCCUGUCCCCUAAAUCAAUUAAGAGCUAAGACUGAUAUUCAUCUUUACCCCUGUGAGAUCGACUAGAGGAACUGUUUUGGGCGAGAAAAGAGGGCGAGCAAACGCGUAGCGCAACGCCGUGGAGCACAUCUUGGGAAAGUUUAGUUUAGCAAAGCUUUUGACGAAUACAACAGCGACAACGUCGGCGAUACAGAAGAAGCACCCCAUGAGCAUUACGCCUUUACACGCUGCGUCCACACCGCACAGAAUCUGGGCGCAGAAUCUGCCGGUUUUUUUCUGUGUCUAACGUACACACUGCCCAGAAUCUGAGCGUCAUCUGUCAAAUCGCAUACAUCACAGACCACUUUGACUGAACUGGUCUGUAACCGAUUAGAACCGCAAGACGAAAAUGACAGAUGCGUCCGCGCAUAUAUUUUCUGGGCCUACAUACAAUAUCUCCAGAUUCUAUGCGGUGUGGACGCAGCGACACGAAAGGAAAGCGGUGUUUCAUCGAAUUCAUUACGCGAGAAGUGAUUAUUUAUGAUUGAGUUUGAACGCAAAUCGCAUUUAAAGUGUUAUUCGCAGCAACCGAGUGUGUAGCUGCGUCAAC